AUGUCGCCAGUUCUGCCAUGGCUCUACGUUCUACUUGAGCUGCUUUUGUUGGCAACUGAAGGGUGUGGGGGCGGUCUUGAACAGGACUGUCAGGCUGACUCCAACUUGCUCUUAUUGCAGAGGGGAGCUGUUUCUCUUCAGCAGCAACAGCUCCAGAUGCCCACACACCGCUGGGGCAUGUGGCUUUGUUUACUUGCGACCCUGCUGCUACUGAUGGUCCUUUUUUGGUGUGACUUUGCCUCCAAAAGGCAGACGCAGGCGGCUGGAGGGGCCGAAGCUUACUUGAUGGAGAAGAAAGAAGGAGAGGUCAGAGAGGACCAGUCAACGCUGCAGCUCUCUGAUUGCCAAACCGUGAAUGAUUCUGUGAACUACUGGGCUUCGAAGACGCCAGAGAAGAGGGCCUUCACUUUCUGCGAUGCCGCUGGGAACGUCGCAGAGACACGGUCCUUUGCAGAGCUGCAGAGGCUAUCGUGGGCUGUGGCGCAGUUGUUAUUCGACGUGAGCGGUUUUGGCGACCGCAUCCUACUCGUCUACGAACCUGGCUUGGACUUCUUCGACGCCUUCCUCGGCUGCCUGGCGUCCGGCCGCGUCGCCGUGGUGGUCUAUCCACCGAUGCCCAGCUCCGGCAGCUCGCUGCGGAAGUUCACAGCGGUGCAAGCGGAUUGUGGGGCUCAGGUUGCUUUGACCAGUUCCAGAUAUUGGUGGUCCACGGCCGUGUUCUUCAACGCUGAAUGGCCGUCCAUCAUCUGGAAAGUCACAAGCAAUUUGAAGGGCCCGACGAUCAGCGCCGAGCUUCCGAAGAAGAUCUCUGCGGAGGAACUGGCCUUUUUGCAGUACACCUCAGGAUCGACUGGAGACGCGAAGGGUGUCAUGGUUUCACACGCGAACCUCAUGGCCAACUGCCUCAUCCCCUGUGCUCACAUUGGAAGUCCCAGUCACUUGGGACGCGAACGGGCACGGCCCCAGUUUGGCCCGGAGUCCAUUGGAAUCACCUGGUUGCCGCAUUACCAUGACAUGGGCCUGGUUGCGACAUAUCUCACCGCUCUAGUUUGGAACGUCACAUUGGUGGGUUUUUCCCCUUUGGACUUCAUCAAAGAUCCACUCCUGUGGCCUCAGCUGAUGUCGCGCUACCGUGGUACGGUCACCGCCGCGCCCCACUUUGCCUAUCAGCUCACGGCUCGACGCAUAGAGGCGGCAGAGGCGACAAAGGGAGCAUUGGAUCUUGACCUGUCCAGCAUGGUGAUGGCCAUGGAUGCAGCUGAGCCCGUCAACGUCCGCAUGCGCGAGGCCAUGCUGACGACCUGGAAGCGCUACGGCUUGCCGGCGGGGGCGUAUGGGGUAGGCUAUGGCUUGGCUGAACAUGUCGUCAAAGUGACCUCUGGGGGUGUGGAAGGCCCUGAGGGCAUGUUGGGCACGGUGGCGGAUUGUGGCAGUCCAUGGAAAGACAUUUGCCUGAAGAUCGUAGAUCCAGAGACCAAGAUGGAGAUGCCCGAAGGAGAGGAAGGAGAGAUUUGGUUGGAUUCGCCCAGUAAAGCCCUGGGCUAUUGGAAGGACCCUCAGUCCACGCGAGAGACCUUCCACGCUCGCCUCGCCUCGGACGGACACGUGGAGCUUUCCUCGUCCCGGAGCUUCCUGCGGACCGGCGACCGCGGCUUCAUGCGGGAGGGCAGGUUGUUCGUGUGUGGACGCAUCAAGAAUAUGAUCAUCAUCGCUGGGCAGAACUUCUACCCGCAGGACAUUGAGCAAACCGUGGCGGAGGCGAGCGAACAUGUGCGUCCAGGCCAGGUGGUUGCUUGCAGCAAUGCUGCACUCACUGAAGAGGAGCAGCUCUUGCUGGCCUUGGAAGUGAAAGACCCAGAAGUCUAUCCGGAGAACUUGGCGACCACUCUGCGUGCCCGAAUCGAAGCGGAACAUGGCCUUCUGCUUUGGGGGCUCGUCUUGCUGAAGCCCAGGAGCUUGCCCAAGACGACCAGUGGAAAGCUGCGGCAUCAGAAGGUUGCUGAACUCUUCCAGACCUCUUUUGGCUCGGCACUCGUCGAGAAGCACUUCUGGGGCGCCGACGCCGACCGCGACGUGCACCCCAUCGACUGGACGGGCACCAGCGACCGCGCGGCGCGCGCCAGGCGCAUCGAAGAGUGGAUUGUGCAAGAGAUGCCUGCAGACGCACCCAGUGACAGUGUGGUGACCAGCUCGGCUGGGGCGGCCAGGCUCCAUGCAAGGCUGCUCGUUGCUCUGAGUGCACCAUGUCCGGGCAAGGACACCGUCUUCCAUGCCUCGGUGACUUCCUCGCACCUCCCCCUGAGCGCCGUCUUCGCCGACCGCGCCGCGCUGGCGCGCGCGGCCGAGCGCGCGAAGUUCCCGGAGGGUCCCGCGUGUCCGGCACCGCGACGGCGGACACGGCGGGAGAUGGUGAGCACCAUGACGGUGCAGGGGAAGCACAAGGUGCCUCUGGUGAUUCUUUGGACUUGGAAGACCUUGGGCCUUCUAGCGCCUUUGCUGAUCCUUUUGAUGCCCAUGUUCCUCCUGUCAACUGCUUUGGAUCGCUUGCAUCUCCUUUAUGGUCAUGGGCUCAUCAUGGUUUUGGCCCCACUGCUGUUGGCGGGUGUUUGGGCACUGCUAUUGGUGCAAGUGUUUCUCCUUCGCUUGGCGCUCUUUCCUAAAACACCUGCACCGGGGCGCUACAAGGUGGACGGUUGGAUGCACUUGCGCCUGUGGCAGUUGGAUGUCUCUUUGACCUUUCUGCAUCGCUUUGGCGCGAUUUAUCGAGGAACUCCAGUGCACAACGCCCUGCUUCGAGCGCUUGGCGCGGAGAUUGGCUAUGGAGCCAAGCUCAACAUCUUCGCACGGGCUUCCUGUCAGUUGCUGAGCGCUGGUGCUGGCUGUUCAGUGGAUGAAUCCAGCGUCAAGUGUCAUUGCCUUUUGGAUGGUGAAUUGAUCCUGUCGCCAAUCCAUUUACCCGCUCACUCUUCCAUCGGCCCCCGCUGUGUCCUGGAGCCGGGCAGCACUCUGACGCCGGGCACCUUGCUGCGGGCGCGCUCUGUGGUGCUGCUAGGAGGUGCCGAGGCAGAGGGAGAGAUGAAGACUAAGAUGUGCAACUCAAGAAUUUUCAGGGGUAUAGUUCCGGAAUCAAAAGUGUAG